UUUCGUAUAUAUUUGAGAGAGAGAGAGAGAGAGAGAGAGAGAGAGAGAGAUUCAUUGCGAGUUUCAGUGUUUAGAGGAGGAAAUCAGCGAAUCGUUUCAGUCUCCGCUUCGUACCCAGAGUAAAUAUGAGUGCUUCCGUCGCCCGUCAGUCCUCAGUUCUACUUUAGCCACGAUAGAGUGAGCGUGUUAUGGUGUUUGGACAGCUAAUCGCACCACAACUUAGGUCACCUCCGCCUUAUAACAGUGCCACAUCAUUACUAACGUGCAUUGGAGCCACUUUCCUGGGUUAUAAUAGUAAUGAAAUGCUGUGAGAAAGUUACAGUGCUGAAAACAUAAGGGAAAACUGCAUAACUUUCAAAUAACAUGUGCACUACACUACACUACACCGUGGAUUAUUUAUCUUGGAGCGCUGCGGGUUGGUCAGUGUAUGUCGUAGUCAUGUUUCACUAUCACCGCUACUCACUCACCCUCAUCGUUGUGUUAUCAUUUUACCUCAGUUCACUAAUGGAACGGAAGGAGGAGUGGGGCAUUACGUUCAGGGUGGCGCCAUGUUGCGAGGUCAUCAUACGAACAAUUUCAGCGAGGCCACCAUGUGCAUCAUUAAGGAAGUUGUUUUGAAUAGAUGCAAGGCAUAUAACACAGUGCAGCUGAUUAUUUUCAUGGCUGGAAUAUUUGACGGGUAUAUGAAGAACAGGCUUGCUGACGUUGCAUUAGGGAGGCGAAGAAGAAAGAAUACGCGUAUGGGCACACUGUCUUUGGAUUCAGUAACUCCCCUUGGCAACGGGAAAUACAAGGUCAAUAGCCACUCUACUCCAUCACUGCAAUACACUGUCGACCUAGAAACUGGCUUCUGUGAGUGUAAUGUGGGUGAGAAUGGCUCGCUGUGCAAACACCAGGCUGCUUGUGCAGAGCACAGCAUGACGAUCUUGCCCCAAGUUUUCACUGCUACAAGUAAAACAGGCAGUGGUUGGCGUCAGUGGCAGUGGGUGAAGACAAAACUCCACCAGAAAGUUUUUUCAGAGGACUUUUGGAGCCACAACUGAACAACAGAGAAAACCAAAGUCCGCUUGCAGUUGCAUCGUCAACCAAGGGCAAGAUCAACUCCCAUUACCUGAGGCUCGUCCCCAGGUGUCUAUGCAAUGGGAAGAGAAUAAACAUUGCUCUCUGGACCAACCAAGGCUGGAAGAUGACAAACAAAGUGCCAAUAUUUCAGAGUUCGUCAAAGCCCUCCACACUAUCACUGAAAAAUAUGGAAAUGAAGACACUGCAGACGCCCUCAAGACAGCAGUUAAAAGGCUCCAUAAAAUAAAAAGCACAAACAUGCUCAACAGUGUGUUACACAACCUAGGAAGUGAUGUGUGCACCACUACAACUGGAGCUGGCCGAGGAAAGAUUCGGUGCCAGCCAUCUUCAGUUGCAAGAAGAGGGCCAGGAAGACCGAAAGGAGCAGCUCCCCUUGGCAAAGGGCGCCGUCCUAACACAGUAGCGACAGGUAAAGCAAAGCGCCCACGAAAUCUCGCAGAAAACAUCGCAGCCAAUGUACCCAAUGCUAAGUCACAUGGCAGUGGCCACUAAUGUAUGUAUUUAUCUACAGUAAUUGCAUGCUUAAUAAAUAUGGAGUUUU